UAGAUAGAUAGAUAGAUAGAUAGAUAGAUGUAGAUAGAGAGGGAGAAGGAUAUAGGUGAGUGAGUGAGAACGAGAUAGAGAGAGAGAGAGAGAGAGAGAGGGUGGACGUUUCGUAGUGGAGAGGGAAAUAAGAGGAUACGAAAAGGGGCUGCGAGAGGUGGCAGACCAGCUGCUAAGCUCAGAGCGCGUUGAUUCGUCUCGGGUGAAAUAGCAAAAGGAUUAAUAGGAUGAAGUCCGAAAGUAAUAACGGAUACAUCAGAGCUAAUGUUAUCCCGGAACAAAAUGAACUUACGUCUCCCACGGGACAAGACGUUUCACUAACCGGAAGUCCACUUCAGGUUACCUAUGGACCAAGAGGUGGUACAGUGACCAGCGUUCUUCAUCCAACUAAUACGAGAAGACAGGUGGCUGGAAUAACACGAGCUACUUCGGUAACGAGAAGACGAAGUGGGGCUUCUAUUAGGCAACAAAUGUUAGGCAUAUUGGCUGCCACAUUGCUCGGCAUUUCUCUUUUAAUUCUUCUUGUCUUGGUAUUGAACACAACGCGGGAAUGCGUCCAAGAGCCACGUCCGAAUGUAUGCAUGUCCGAAGAAUGCGUCAGAACCGCCGCAAGUUUGCUCUCAGCGAUGGACCGAACUGUUGCACCCUGUGUAAACUUUUUUCAAUACGCAUGCGGUACUUGGAAUCGUUUGCACGUGAUACCAGAAGACAGAAGUUCUAUCAGCACGUUCGAAGUACUCGCCGAUCAACUCCAAGUCAUUUUGAAGCGUGUUCUCGAAGAAUCACCGAACGAGAACGACAAUAAUGCAACUCUCAAGGCCAAAAUGUUCUACAAAUCGUGCAUGGACAUCCCACGUAUACGCGAGAUCGGUGACAGACCUUUGAAGAAAACAUUAGCUGCACUUGGUGGUUGGCCCGCAGUGAUUGGAGCAUCUUGGGAACCACCACCUUAUCCGAUCGAGGUUCUCUUGGGUCGUUUACGAGGUGAAUACAACGAGGGUGUUCUAAUGGAGCAAUGGGUUGGACCGGACGACAAAAAUUCCUCGACCAACAUCCUGCAGUUGGAUCAAAUGCAGCUGGCAUUACCUAGCCGUGAUUAUUAUCUGAAGAAGAACAGCGAGGCCGAAUUGGAUGCUUAUCAUCGUUACAUGACGAACGUAGCUGUUUUGCUUGGCGCCAAUCGUGAAAAUGCAGCACUCGAGUUUAAUCGCGUGAUCGCCCUUGAAAAACAACUUGCCAAUGCUUCGUUGCCCGAGGCCGACAGACAUGACACCUCAAUGAUCUAUAGAAAGUUAACAUUACGAGAACUACAAAAAGAGGUGCCGCAACUUAAAUGGAAAGUUUAUCUCGAGGAAUUCAUAAGUGCACCGAUUACCGAGGACGAGCCAGUAGUGGCAUACGCGAUGCCCUAUUUCCUUCAAAUGGGUCGAAUCGUACAGAAAACCGAUCGCAGGACGUUGCACAAUUACAUAUUAUGGCGAUUGGUGAUGUCUAUAAUGCCGCAUAUGAUAGACGAAUAUCAGCAAAAGAGAAUCGAGUUUCGUAAGAUAUUAUCAGGAAUCCUCAGCGAGAGAAACAGAUGGUCCCAAUGCGUCGAGUGGACCAAUAAGAAUCUUGGAAUGGCUGUCGGUGCACUUUUCAUACGUGAUAAUUUUAAUCACGAGAGCAAGGAAACUGCAUUGGAAAUGAUACGAACUAUACGCGAAGCUUUUAAUGAAUUGCUAGCUGAGAAUCAAUGGAUGGACGAUGAAACUAGAACAGUUGCCAAAGGAAAAGCUGAUUCGAUGAAUGAAAGAAUCGGUUAUCCAGAGUUUUUAAAGGAUCCAGUUAAACUCUCCUUGGAAUACGUUACGCUGAACAUAACGGAGGAUCAUUUUUUGGAAAAUGUUUUGGCGGUACACAAGUACGACGCAUAUCAUAAUCUUCAGGAAUUACGUCAACCGGUUGACAAGGAUAAAUGGUCCACGGAGCCAGCCGUGUUAAAUGCAUUUUAUAAUCCUAAUAAAAAUGACAUAGUAUUUCCCGCUGGUAUACUGCAACCGUUGUUCUAUUCUCAACACUUUCCUAAAUCGUUAAAUUACGGUGGAAUCGGUGUGGUGAUAGGUCAUGAAAUCACUCAUGGGUUUGAUGACAAGGGACGACAAUUUGACAAAGAUGGCAACAUGAUGCAAUGGUGGAAUAAUGCAACCAUUAAAGCAUUUCGAGAGAGAGCACAGUGUAUCGUCGAUCAAUACUCUCGAUACAAAUUACAAGAAGUUGAUCUUUAUAUAAACGGCCGAAUGACGCAAGGUGAAAAUAUCGCUGAUAAUGGUGGAUUAAAACAAUCGUUUCGUGCUUACAAAAAAUGGGUUACGAUACACGGAGAGGAACCAUUGUUACCUGGGGUGAAUUUAACUCACGAUCAACUCUUCUUUCUUAAUUAUGCACAAAUUUGGUGUGGCUCGAUGAGACGAGAGGAUGCUCUAACGAAAAUACGUAGUAGCGUACACUCACCGGGUCCGGUUAGAGUGUUAGGCCCGCUUUCAAAUAGCGAGGACUUUGCCAAGGCCUAUAAUUGUCUACCAGGCUCACCGAUGAAUCCAACGCGUAAAUGUAGCGUCUGGUAAAAAUGUACGAAUUGUCAGAAAAAAAAAGAAAACAAGAAGAGAUAAAAGAAGAAAAAGAUUUUUUUCGAAAGAUCUGAUUCAUUCGAAUCGAUACAAAAUAGAUAAAUAUUUGAUGAGAAUACAGAGGAUGUCAUUGUAAUACAUCCAAUAUGGACUCCAGUUUUCGUGGUAGCCAUUUUGUCGGUCGCCAUUAGACGCGUAUAUCGAACUUUACACUUUUAUCCACGAAAAUGCAAUAAUAUAAGUAUAGUUGAUAGUUGUACGAGAUGAAACAAAAAUUAAAAGAAAAUAUUUCAUUAAUAAUAAUAACAAUAAUAAUAAUAAUAAUAAUAAUAAUAA